UACACGCCGAAGGACCAGACCCUCAGGCUCCGGAUCCGGCAGGUCCGGGGCGAGUCCGGGAAUCUGUGUACUCCCCAGGCCCGGGACGGUUGGGCUCCGCAGCUUCCAGAGCCUAGGCUGGCCCGGGUACCCGAGAUCAGCCCCGCAGGACCCGGCCCCAGGAUCCGGAAGAUUUAAGCACUGCUGAAGCUCGUGAGGGCACGCCUGCCGCCAAGGCCAGCACUGUCCUGCGGAUGGCCGAGAGUCCUCGGGGGCCUGGAGACUCGGGAAAGAUUUCAUCCCCACGAGGCCUUCCCCGACAGCCCCAAGCCAGGCAGUGUCUUCGUGGCUGCCUCCCGGUGACGAUGGCCGCGUGAGCGCCCGCCAUGGCCAACCGCAAGCGGCAGAGCACAGCAAGCAGCAUGCUGGACCACCGCGCGAGGCCAGGCGCCGGGCCCCAUGGGCAAGAGCCUGCGAGCCAGGACAUGGAGCUGCCGCUGGAGGCCUACACACCCCCGAGUCUGGACCUGGCCGACCUGCGGUCCGAGAGCCCUGCGCCCGCAGUGCAAGACGGCCUGGCGCACAGCCCCGAUGGGGACUCCAGCUCCGACUAUGUGAACAACACCUCGGAGGAGGAGGACUACGAUGAGGGCCUCCCCGAGGAGGAGGAGGGCGUCACCUACUACAUCCGCUACUGCCCGGAGGACGACAGCUACCUGGAGGGCGUGGACUGCGACGCGGAUGGGUACCUGACGCACGGCGCGCGCCCCCUGGAGACGGAUGAGUGCCAGGAGGCGGUGGAGGAGGAGUGGACGGACUCGGCCGGCGCGCGCCCCUGCGGCCGCGGGCACGAGGGCAGCCCGGGCUACCCGGGGGGCCGCCUCCCGGUCCCGGAGGACGAGGCCUCUGUGCUGGGGGCCGCGGACCAGGAGGACGGGCUGCACUAUGGCCCCAGCGAGGAGGUCUACCAGGACUACUAUGCUCCGGAGGCCAACGGGAACUCAGGCAGCGUGUCUCCCUGCCGCCCCAGGCGUAGCGCCGGCGAUGUGGAGGACCAGGAGGAGGACAUCGACCAGAUCGUGGCCGAGAUCAAGAUGAGCCUCAGCAUGAGCAGCAUCGCCAGCGCCGGGGAGGCCAGCCCCGAGCACGCGCCUGUGCGGGGCCCGGAGCCGGGACCCGGGGGCUCCAUGGAGGCCUGCCGGCCGGGGGAGGCCAGCCGUGGUGGCCCCAACAGACAUGAGGGGAGGCCCAAGUCACUCAACCUGCCCCCUGAAGCCAAGCUCCCAGCGGACGUCCAGAGAGGCUUCAAGACCAAACCCAGGACUCCCGAGGAGAGGCCACAGUGGCCACAAGAGCAGGUCUGCAAUGGCUCAGAGCAGCCCCGGAAGCAGCAGCGCUCUGACCUCAACGGGCCUUCGGAUAACAACAACCUCCCGGAGACUAAGAAGGUGGCCUCCUUCCCAAGUUUUGUGGCUGUUCCAGGGCCCUGCGAGCCAGAAGACCUCAUCGAUGGGAUCAUCUUCGCAGCCAACUACCUGGGGUCCACCCAGCUGCUGUCGGAGCGCAACCCCUCCAAAAACAUCCGGAUGAUGCAAGCGCAGGAGGCCGUCAGCCGGGUCAAGAGGAUGCAGAAAGCUGCUAAGAUCAAGAAAAAGGCGAAUUCUGAGGGGGACGCGCAGACCCUGACCGAAGUGGACCUGUUCAUCUCCACCCAGCGGAUCAAGGUGUUGAAUGCAGACACACAGGAAACCAUGAUGGACCACGCCCUGCGCACCAUCUCCUACAUCGCGGACAUCGGCAACAUCGUGGUGCUGAUGGCCCGGCGCCGCAUGCCGCGCUCCGCCUCCCAGGACUGCAUCGAGACCACGCCCGGGGCGCAGGAGGGGAGGAAGCAGUACAAGAUGGUGUGCCACGUGUUCGAGUCGGAGGACGCCCAGCUGAUCGCCCAGUCCAUUGGCCAGGCCUUUAGCGUGGCCUACCAGGAGUUCCUGCGGGCCAACGGCAUCAACCCCGAGGACCUGAGCCAGAAGGAGUACAGUGACAUCAUCAGCACCCAGGAGAUGUACAACGACGACCUCAUCCACUUCUCCAACUCCGAGAACUGCAAGGAGCUGCAGCUGGAGAAGCUCAAGGGCGAGAUCCUGGGCGUGGUGGUGGUGGAGUCCGGCUGGGGCUCCAUCCUGCCCACCGUCAUCCUGGCCAACAUGAUGAACGGUGGCCCCGCCGCCCGCUCGGGGAAGCUGAGCAUCGGCGACCAGAUCAUGUCCAUCAACGGCACCAGCCUGGUGGGGCUGCCCCUGGCCACCUGCCAGGGCAUCAUCAAGGGUCUGAAGAACCAGACACAGGUGAAGCUCAACAUUGUCAGCUGCCCGCCGGUCACCACGGUCCUCAUCAAGCGACCAGACCUCAAGUACCAGCUGGGCUUCAGCGUGCAGAACGGAAUCAUCUGCAGCCUCAUGCGGGGAGGCAUCGCCGAGCGAGGGGGUGUUCGCGUCGGCCACCGCAUCAUCGAGAUCAACGGGCAGAGCGUGGUGGCCACGGCCCACGAGAAGGUCGUGCAGGCCCUGUCCAGCUCGGUCGGGGAGAUCCACAUGAAGACCAUGCCCGCCGCCAUGUUCAGGCUCCUCACGGGCCAGGAGACCCCACUGUACAUCUAGGCCACGCCUGGGCCCAGCGGAGCGGGGGCCGGCCCGGACCUGCCCCUGCAGCCCACCCAAGGACGCUGGCUCCCGGAGGGGCACCCUCGCCCCCCCUUUUCCCCGACACGAGAGCCGCAUCUGUUGGAGGAGCGUCACGGGCACCGGUGUCUGCAGACCAGCCCAGGAUUUUGCCACAUUCUGACCCGUUUUUCAUCGCGACUGACAAGGUGUGUCGGCACCUCUGUGGUGUGGCGUGUCUGUCCCCCCGGAAGCCCCCCAAAGGCUGACGGUGCCGCUGCCACGUCCGCGGGAGCCAGGGCGUCAUGACUGAGGUCUGGGGCCACGAUCGUGUGGAACGUGGAGGAAGGAGCCGUCCCUGAGUCACACAGAGGGUGACAGCCACACAUCGAGACUCCGUCGCUCCUGAGACCACCGCCCGUUCAACUUUGCGUCCUGACAGGCGGUUCAUUGGACUCGAGGGUCCCCAGGUGGCCUAUGCUCACCUACCUGGGCGUGCCCCGCCUCCAGGGACACGGGGGUGGCCCUCUAUCCACACACGCGUGUUCCUCCCGAAACACACGGCCCUCUGCCACUCCCAGGCUGCGGGCACCGUCACCAGUAUUCGAGCGCGUGCAGGCCGCCCCCGCCAGCCUAGCGCAGCCCCCACAGGGCGGUGCGAGCGGACGCCACGCUGCCCGAGGUCUCCACUCUGGCCCCGGCCUGGAAGAUACACUGUGACUAAGAAGCCUUACCACCCUGAAGCGCUAGGACCCCUGUGUUCCAGGAUGACCUGUGUGUUGCAUGCAGCCGCCUUCGGGAGACUUGCUACCGUCACUAAUAAACGCGAACUCACGACGA